AUGUACCGGUUGCGUGUGCGAGCACUGGAAAUCUAUCACGACCUUCAAGCGUGGUCUCGCUCGGUGCAAAGAGGCGAAAAUAGAGCCGCUGUAGACCUGUCCGAGGAAACUUGGGCGAAGAUAUUCGCUAAGAUAAAACCUUGGAAAGCAACAGGCCCAGACGGCAUACAGGGCUUCUGGUGGAAGAAAAUACCAGAGGCAAGAGAGAGGCUAAAAUCGUGGUGCCUUGAUGCGCUACAAGAGGCUGUAAUGCGUCUGCGAGAGCGGAGCUAUCCCGCGGUUGCUGGAGAACCAUGUGUGAGGAAUUCUGACAUUCCUGUCGCGGAACGUAAGCUCGCAGCGAACAAAGAGUCGAAAGCAGGAGCCUUGGACCUGCAUGAGGAGGACUGGGCGAGAAUAUUCACCUAUUCGCAGUGGCUACGUAAUAACGUAAGCACGUAUCAAAAAUCUACGGGAAUGUUAGCGCUGGCAGACGGACCUGUGGACAACAAUCAUCACCUCCACAUGAAUGACAUAAUUGUUCACUCGCCAAAGUGGGAUGAUAUUGUGAACGCCCAAGAGGGCACACAAAGAGUGGCCGAAGAGCUCAGAGUGUGA